AGCAGCGCGGAAGGAUGGGAGAGUGGUCCCACUCCUCCACCCCCGAUCUAGCCCCACUCCCAGUCCGGCAGAGGGAGGCUGGGGCGGUAUUCUGGGGGUGCUGGCCUAGCCCUACGGCCACCCCUAAAGUUUAUCAACUCCCUCCCCCAGUCCCUUGCCUUGUGUGCUCCCCACUCCCUCCUUCCCCGGGGACGCUCAGGCUCCGCGCUCCAGCUCUUUCGGCGGGAUCAAUAACCAAAGUGCUCCAGGAAGGCGACCCCGGCGAGACCCAGCAGAAAACAGGAGGUCACACUUGUCUCUUUCCUGAGCUUCCCGUCUUACAUCUUGACAGGUGGCAGGAGAUUAGAUCCUUUCAGACCACGGGGCGACAGUUCUUUACUGUGUUUGCCAACUUAAGCAAGAGGACAAUCGUUAUCUUUAACCAAACAGAGCCUCCUCCCAAGACGGGUCCAUCUCUGGUUCUGAGGAAAUCUCUCACAGUCCGGGCUGCAGUCAUCAUCCUGACGCUGGGCCUGGCUGCUUCCAUCCUGCUGCAGGCUGUUCUCUAUCCCUGGUUUAUGCGUACAAUAUCAAAUGUAAAGAACAAUGCUCAGUUGCUGAAAGGCCGCGUGGACAACAUCAGCGCUCUGGGCUCUGAGAUUAAGAGGAAUAGAGGAGGCGUGGAGGCAACCGGCAUUCAGGUCCAGAAGGUGAAUGCCAGCCUGGAUCAUGUGCGUUCUCAGAUCUGGAAGUUGGAAACUGGUGUGAAGGAAGCCAAUGCACAGAUCCAGAUGUUAACAAGAAGUUGGGAGGCGGUCAAUGACUUAAAUGCCCAAAUUCCAGAGUUAAAAAGAAAUUUGGAUAAAGCCAGUUCUUUAAAUGCAAAGGUCCAGGGACUCCAGACCAGUUUGGAGAAUAUCGGCAAGGUGCUCAAACAGCAAAAUGACAUUCUGCAGAUGGUUUCUCAAGGCUGGAAGUACUUCAAGGGGAACUUUUAUUACUUUUCUCAAGUCCCAAAGACCUGGUACAGUGCCCAGCAGUUCUGUGUGUCCAGGGAUUCACACCUGACCUCAGUGGCCUCGGAGAGUGAACAGGAGUUUCUGUACAAGAUGGCAGGUGGACUUUUCUACUGGAUCGGCCUGACCAAAGCUGGGAGUGAGGGGGACUGGUACUGGGUAGACGAUACUCCAUUUAACAAGGUCCAGAGUGCAAGGUUCUGGAUUCCAGGUGAGCCCAAUAAUUAUGGGAACAAUGAACACUGUGCCAAUAUAAAGAUGUCCUCGCUUCAGUCAUGGAAUGAUGCCUCCUGUGACAAUAAGCUCCUUUUCAUCUGUAAACGGCCCUACAUACCAUCAGAACCAUGACGGGACUGGUCCCAAGCUUGCACGUUGAGCUCUGAUGCUUGUUGAACUAGAGAAGCUGCCUCUGUUUCUUCCAUAUUCCAGGGUGACUUUGCACCUUCACUUUUCUGGCUUCAAAGUUGUCCCAGAGGCAUCCUGGAGUUCAUCUGCUUUGGCUGGGCAUUCUCUGACCCCAUAGAGGCAGCUGGAGUGGAAGGGAGAUCUUGGAAAAGGAGAGGAGGGCAGAGAGGAUUUAGAAGUUCAAAUUGCCUCAGGAAGGUGAUCAGAAACUUGCGGUUCCCUUUCCCUUCAGAGAAGCCUCAGUUUUAUCACAUGAAAGUUGCUUCAGACCACCCAAUAGGUUCUCCUGAUACCAAUGUUCAGGGCUUUUCCAAUUGAUCCCCCAGAAUUCCCAUUUGCCUGCUUAGGGGGCCGUGUUCUCAGUGGGAAGAGCUCGGCUCUUAGAGACCCCGUCUAGGCCCUGUUCCCAUUGCUCUCCAUCCACAUCCCCUGAGGUCUAAGCCCCUUCUUCUCUGAGAUGGGGGCAACUGGUUCAGCUCGGGGGCUGACACGGCAAUGCUGUUAGAGCUGGAGCAGCAUCCACGCUCCUUCUUGCUCCCCUUUGCUCGGCAAACUCUGAGGCCCAGCUCUGUCUUCUGCAGUCCUCUGCCCAGCCCCCCUGUUUCACCUCCUGCACAUCCUCUUUCAUCUGCAUUUCCUCUCUUCCCUUUAGGGACAGAGUUCACCUGCAAACUUCAUCAGAGUCAAAUGCUGCCUGGGUAAAGCAUGUUUUACCUCUGUGA